UGAGGAGCAAAGAAGGGCAGUGAGAAGGGCAGGGGAGAAGCAAAAACCUUACCAACUUGCUGUGUUUUUCUGAGAAUAAGCCCUAAGCUCUGAUACCCAUGGAUGCUGCAGAAUUCCGCAAGAGAGGGAAGGAGAUGGUGAACUAUGUUGCGGAUUACCUGGAGAAGAUAGAGAAACGACAGGUGUUCCCAGAUGUGGAACCAGGAUACCUACGGCCCCUCAUCGCAGACUGUGCACCCCAGGAUCCUGAGAGCUUUGAGGAUGUCUUUAAAGACAUUGAGAAGAUCAUUAUGCCAGGGGUGACUCACUGGCACAGUCCGUACUUUUUUGCCUACUUCCCUGCAGCCUCUUCCUUCCCAGCUCUUCUUGCAGAUAUGUUGUGUGGUGGAAUAGGAUGUGUGGGCUUCUCUUGGGCUGCAAGUCCAGCUUGCACAGAGCUGGAGACAGUCAUGCUGGAUUGGCUAGGGAAGAUGGUUAAUUUGCCUGAGGAGUUUUUAGCUGGGAAGGAUGGCCAAGGUGGAGGAGUCAUUCAGGGAAGUGCAAGCGAGGCCACCCUGAUUGCACUGCUUGCUGCAAGGACAAAGAUUAUCAGACAGGUGCAGUCAGAGAAGCCUGAGCUAACAGAAACAGAGAUCAUGGGCAGGCUGGUGGCUUAUGCUUCUGAUCAGGCUCAUUCAUCUGUGGAAAGGGCUGCAUUAAUUGGCGCUGUGAAGAUUAAAAAUGUUCCUUCAGAUGACACAUUUAGUGUUUGUGGUUCAGCCCUGAAGAAAGUUCUGGAUGAAGACAAAGCUGCUGGUCUUAUACCUUUCUUUUUCUGUGCAACACUUGGAACCACCCCUUGCUGCUCCUUUGACAAAGUAUUAGAACUGGGUCCUAUUUGUAAUAAGGAAAAUAUCUGGAUGCAUAUUGAUGCAGCCUAUGCGGGAAGUGCUUUCAUCUGCCCCGAAUUCAGGCAUCUUUUAAAUGGAGUGGAGUUUGCAGACUCAUUUAACUUUAAUCCUCACAAAUGGCUCCUAGUGAAUUUUGACUGCUCUGCAAUGUGGGUGAAAAAAAGAUCAGAUUUAACAGGUGCCUUUAAAUUAGAACCUCUUUACCUGCAGCAUCACCAUCAGGAGUCUGGUCUUGUAACAGAUUAUCGGCACUGGCAAAUCCCCCUGGGCAGGAGGUUCCGCUCCCUGAAGCUCUGGUUCGUGCUGAGGAUGUACGGGGUCAAGGGGCUGCAGGAGCACAUCCGCAAGCACAUUAGGCUGUCGCAUCAGUUUGAACACUUAGUCCUUCAGGAUGAAAGGUUCGAGAUCUGUGCCGAGGUUGUUUUGGGACUGGUCUGCUUCCGGCUGAAGGGCUCAAAUGAACUAAAUGAGGCACUUCUAAAAAGCAUAAAUGAUGCCAAGAAGAUCCAUCUGGUCCCGUGCCACCUGCGAGAGAAGUUUGUGCUACGCUUUGCUAUUUGUUCCCGCACAGUGGAAUCCACCCACAUCAAGUUUGCCUGGCAGCACAUCUCACAGCUGGCAACUGAUCUUCUGAAAACAUGGGAGCAAAACCACCACCAGCAGUAA